CGGAUGCAUCCCGAGCACAGCAACCAAUGGGAGGCGCGGGCCGCGAGGCGUGGGCUAGGCUGGACCUACUUAGGCCUUGCUAGCCCGCGCCUCGCUGGGACCGUCGCCGCCCUGGCAGGACAUCAUGACACAGGAAGAGUGAGCUCUUGACCAUUUUACUAUGGAGGACUCAGGAAAGACUUUCGGAUCAGAGGAGGAAGAGACAAACUAUUGGAGAGACCUGGCCAUGACCUACAAGCAGAGGGCAGAGAAUACACAGGAGGAACUCAGAGAAUUCCAGGAAGGAAGCCGGGAGUACGAAGCUGAAUUGGAGACUCAGCUGCAGCAAAUUGAAACAAGGAACAGGGACCUUUUAUCAGAGAAUAAUCGCCUUCGAAUGGAAUUGGAGACUGUGAAGGAGAAGUUUGAAAUGCAGCAUUCAGAGGGCUACCGGCAGAUCUCAGCCUUGGAGGAUGACCUGGCUCAGACAAAAGCUAUUAAAGAUCAAUUGCAGAAAUACAUUCGGGAAUUGGAACAAGCCAAUGAUGACCUGGAAAGAGCCAAACGAGCCACAAUCAUGUCCCUGGAAGAUUUUGAACAGCGUCUGAAUCAAGCCAUCGAAAGAAAUGCCUUCCUGGAGAGCGAGCUGGACGAGAAGGAGAAUCUUCUAGUAUCUGUACAGAGGUUGAAGGAUGAAGCCCGAGAUCUUCGGCAGGAAUUGGCUGUGCAGCAGAAGCAAGACAAGCCCCGGACACCCGUGCCAGGCUCAGGAGAAGCAGAAAGGACAGACAUGGCUGUGCAGGCCACAGGCUCUGUACCAUCUACUCCCGUAGCUCACCGAGGACCCAGCUCUGGUUUGAACACACCAGGAAUGUUCAGGCGUGGUCUGGACAGCUCCAGUAGUGGGACCCCACUCACACCUGCAGCCCGGAUAUCAGCCCUAAACAUCGUUGGUGACCUGCUUCGGAAAGUUGGGGCUCUGGAGUCCAAACUAGCAUCAUGCAGGAAUUUCGCGUAUGAUCAGUCCCCAAGCCGGACAUGUGGGCCAGCCUCAGGGCGAGGAACCAAAAACAGAGAUGGUGGUGACAGAAGACCAAGCAGUGCCAGUGUGGGAGAUAAAGGGAGAGAAAAUUGAGACCCUGUGAGACAUGUUCCCGCUCUUGACAUUCACUCUUAGAAUUCUGGGGGCCCUGUGCUAGCCACUGGGAUACCACUGUUUCAUCUGUUAUGUAUGGUUUGCUCUGUCUGAAGGUCAGGAAAACGCUUGGAGUUUGGGAAGCCAGCCUCACAGUUUUCAUCACCAACGCUGCCAUCCACCCAAGGUGUGGUCAAGCUUUUGCUUUAGGACCAGUGGGAACUUCACCCUCACCUGUCUUCCUCACUUUAUAUUCAGCUUUUAGUUGUUUCCAGUUUGAGAAAUAAGAGCCAGCAUGACCAGCAUUCACUUUGCUAUGCAGCCUAAGCUGACUAAAGACUUGGUGUCAUUCUAUUAUAUGGCCCAGUCCCUGGCAGUGUGUGUCCUAGAAAUGAGCUGUCCCCCGAAGCAGCUCUAAGGUAUGGAUGCAGUUGGCUACCUAAAGUUUUAAUGGCAUCCAGAAGUGUUUUGGCUGGUGCUGUCUUCUGGAACAUUCUCCCAGUGCUUUUAUAGUGUGGUUAAAUUGUAUCUAGGACUGGGAGAUUACAGAGGCAAAACCAUGGUCUUUGACACGUUUUCUUUUUUUUUUGUUUGUUUGUUUUUUUGAGACAGUAUUUCUGUAUAGCCCUGGAUGCCCCAGAACUCUCUAUGUAGACUAGACUGGCCUUGAAUGGAGAGAUCUCUCUGCCUCUGCUUCCCAUGUACUAGGAUCAAAGGCAUGGGCCACUACUGCCCAGCCCUUUGAUUUUUUUUUUUUUUAAUCUGCCUCUCAUGAGGUAUGUCUGCCUCUUAGGUCAGUGGGAGACUAUCCUCUGUAGAUAAACCCUGACUCCUGUCCCGAGUCCCUGCACUGAUGUUGGGGUGACAUCUGCAUUAGAACGGUGGACAACUCAGAGUUGGACUGGCCUUUCUUAAUGCCAUCCCUAAGAACAGGACUUCAUUCAAACACCGGAGAAUAACCAGGUGACUAAAGCAUGAGACUGAGAUCACUGGCCGACACUCCCUUGGGAUGUGGAGAAAUUAGCACAGGAUCUGCAGCAACAGACUUGGCUCCGGUCUCUGGGGUGAAGUACUGCCCACACUGUGGUCCACAAUGAGAAGAGCACAAUAAUUUCCAGAGCUUUGCACCCUUCACUUUGUUACUAACAUAUUUUCAGUAGAUGGGGUGGAACUGACCUCGAGUUAGACCCAGCACUUUUUGAGUGCUGCUGACAUUCACAAGGUGGUUUUAAGCUGUAUGGCUACUUGUUCCCCCCUGGGAAAAGAUGAACCUUAUUUUUUAUAAAAAAUAAAAUAAAAUAAAAUAAAAUAAAAUAAAAAGAAAUGAC